AUGAUCAAAAUUACGAAAUUAAGUUUGAACAGAAUUUCGUCAAUAGCUAGUAUAAUUUGCUUAAUUGACUGUACAUUAAUACCCAUAUUGAUGUUUACAUUAUCAAUCUUUAACAUAGUAGAUUACGAAAUUGUUUAUUUCAAUCAUUUAUCUGAUAUACUAGCGUUAUUUGUUAUGGCACCAAUAUGUUCUCUAUGCAUUAUUUUUAAUUAUUAUCAAUUAAAAAAUGUGCUUUUACUUUUAUGGGGUGUAUUUGGAAUUAUAUUAUUUACAAUUUCUCAUGGACAUUUUAGCAUUAAUGAAAAAAUAAAUAUUUUUUUGCAGAAGUUUCAUAUUAUCAUAUCACUUUUUUCUAUACUCAUAUUAUUAAGUAAUAAUUAUGUGUCCCAGAAGAUUCUGAAAAAAAACAAUUUAGAUAAUUGUUGUUUUACUAAAAAUAAUGAAAAAAACGAAAAUGGACAAAAAUAUGCAUAUCAUAUUAACGUCAAUUGUAGUAAUUUAUCUUCUGAUUACAACAAAAGUUCAUUAAACUAUGAAAAUAAAAAUUACAAGAAAUUUGACAAAACAGAAAAUGAAUUAGUCAGCUUUUUACAUUAG